GGAAAGGGGGAGUGGUGAGGGUGAGGAGCGGAGCAGGCCACGGUACGGACACGGACGAAAACUGGACGACGGGUACGAUCUGCUGCAAACUAGCCCUUUACCGUUUUAAAAAUUUUGAAGAAAAGGCUUCAAGAACCGUGGGAAGUUCAUCAUCCAACAGUUUCAACUUUUCAUCAUGUCAGACUCCCUGAAGGAUAUUUCCAAAUUGAAGGUUGCUGACCUGAAACGAGAGCUGAAGGUGCGUGGCUUAAGCACUGUGGGUAACAAGCAGGAGCUUCAGGAUCGUCUCCAGGUGGCUUUACAAGAUGGUACAGAUUCAGCUUUGCUGUUGGACGACACAGGGACGGUAGACACCGAAGACAUUCUAAAUGAGGAUGAUGUUUUAGCAGAUGAAGAUGACUCGAGUACUCAUGCUGGUAUCGAUGAGGUUAAUACUUCUCUCAAGAGACAUCUGGAUGAAGAGUUGGAUGAAGAUACAGUAACCAGCACACCAGCUGGCAAAACAAGUGCCUCGGAAGCGCAAGACAAUGGUCCUCCUGCGAAAAAAAUUACUCUGAACAGAAAAGCUUUACCACAAGCUGCUCUAACUGUUGAAGGAACAUCUGAGCAGGAAGACAAAGCCAAGGAGGGUAGUGAUGACAAAAAAGUUGUGAAAUUGUCUGAAAUCUCCAUGAAAGAGCGGCUUGCCUUAAGGGCAGUGAAGUUUGGUGCCCCAGUCUCUGCUGAAGCUAAGAAGGUGGCUCGUGCUGCUCGGUUUGGGGGAGCCACAUCAGCUGAAUCCAAAGCAGAUUCCAAGAAGGAAGCAAGAGCUGCUAGAUUUGGUUCUUCUGCCUCUUCUGUAACAUCAGCAGGCAAUGUUCCAGAAGUUAAUGUGGAUCUGUUAAAGAAGAGGGCAGAGAGGUUUGGAAUCCAGCCGGGUAGCAAAGUUGAAGUGGUGGAGAUGGAAGAGAAGAAGAAGAAGAGGUUGGAAAGAUUUGGCUUAGCACCUGAGGCUGCUGCAACUAAUGGGUCCUCAAAAAUCACAUUACCUAAGCCAGCGAUAACUCCAGCUGCAGUAAAACCAGGUCGAAUUCCCAUUACAGCACCAUCGUCAACACCAUCUAGCAAAGCAAAUCUGGAUGACAAGAAGAAACAGAGAGCUGAGCGCUUUAAGACAAACACAGUUGUGUCAGCAAAAUAAGCAUGCUCUUCUGUCUUUUAACGACCCUAGGUGCAGUGGUAAACUGAAACGGCACAACUUUCAUGUAGCAGUUUUUAAAAAGUGAUUAAUGAUUUCACUGGGAAUUUUCUCAAAUUUGCUGUGUUCAGUCAAUCAAAUGCUUCUUGAUAAAUGUUCACUGUGCAUUACUCACUGAUUGCACUAAUGUUAUGAAGUUGGUGUGUCUUUAAGUUGUUUUUUCCUCAGGUUUUUCCCUGUUUUUUUUUUUUUUUUUUAAGAUUUUGACUUAUACAACUUAUUUGCCAGGCAUCAAGUUGUCUGGAGGUGCUCUCCAAUCACCUUUUCUGUAUUAAUCAUAAUGGAAUUGGAAUUGACGUGGCAUGCAAGAAUACAUUGUAGAAAUUCUGAAGUGUUUAUUAGUUUCAGAGUAUACUUCAUAAAUUUUGUUAAGAGACUGAUCUCUUUUUCUUGAGUUUUCAUUUAUUUGAAAUCUGGAUGUAUAAUUACAAUAAAAAUACAUCAAUUUGAA